AUGACCGGAUCAAUCCACCACCCCCGGGGCCGUGAACAUCACAAUCCUCCCUCUUUGCCUACCUCCUGGCUCAAGCUAUCUAUCCCCGCGAUCUUCGCCAUGGAACUUUUGAGAUACUUUGCCAAGUUCCGUGCCGUCCUCCCGCAGCAGGCAAUCACCCCUCAGUCUUGCACCACAGAUAAACUGACCGGGCUGCCCUUGGAGUUAGUGAUUCAGAUCUGUGAUCUACUCUCGCCCAUCGAUCUUGUCUGUUUGUGCCUUUGCGACCAUCAACUUCAUACCAUCUUCAACACAUAUUAUCACCUUCCCACUCGGAGAGAUGACAGGCUGUCAAUCUUCCUUCGAUUGGAAAGAGAUCUCCCCGAAUACUUCGCAUGCGAUAUUUGCAACAUCCUUCAUCGAUACGACGGAUCUAAAAGCUUUGGACUAAGUGGAUUAGCCCACUGCAGAUCUUGUCCACUCCCCUGUGUUCGAAAUGGAUAUGAUUGGAGGCAAGAGAGUAUCGGAGGCUCUUCAGUCAGCAUGAGAACCCAUCAUAGUUUCAGCCACUCAAGAAAUCGUCUUUCCUUCCUCCAGAUAAAACUAGCGAUACGAGGCUAUUGCUACGGCCCUUGUUCUGGGAUCAGCACUGAUUCUCUUGCUUAUACGCAAGUUCGCCAAUAUGCGCAUCCCUUGGCAUCCGAAUCAGAAAAAUCGGGCUAUGAGAGUACCCGAAUGCUCUUCUCAAUCGAUGCUCAGAUAUGUCCUGAGCCCCUUGGCGUUCAUGUGAGAAUGCAGGAUAUUAUCCUUCUUGAGUUAUGGGAGCAUUACAAAAUCCAAGAGAAUUCGCAAUCGGCAACGCUGUCCCUAUUUGAGCUGUGCCGGCAUGAGUCACUUGAGAGCAAGUCCUCUGACAUUGAUUCUAUGUACAAUGGAGGGAAAGGCUCGUGCUCCUACACCUGUCCCAAGUGCAACACAGUCUCCCUAAUCGAAUUCCGUCGAGUGGGUUGCAAACCUGCCUUGGUUCUGACCAGAUGGGUCAAUCUAGGCUCUGGUGUUCGCAGGGAUGAUCCUCUGUGGAACAUCCACAUUUACAAUUGCAACCAUGGGACGGUGCUUCCAUCUGCACUAAGAAUGCAAAACCCUCGCGAAUGUUUUGAAAAUAUGGCCUCGUUGUCGCUCGAAGAAUUACGGCUUCGCAACAUCUCUUAUCUUCGGGACGAUCGAUACAAAAAUGGCAGACCCUUUGCUCAUGAACAGGAGAAGUUCUGUUGGCACAUCUCAUACAAAGAACCAGGCGGGAUUAGGGAAUUCUUAUCGUUUCUGUUUUUGCUAUCAAUCUUUGUGAUUUUUAUCGUGUUUUUUAGCAGGAGACUUGGGUGUUUCGUUGCGAGCCUAUAUAGUCCAGAGACAUGUCCUCGCUUGAUCAUUCUGCAAUAUUGA